UACCUCAACAUUCCCCGAACCUGCUGAACCCAAAACCCCUCUUCCCCACUCUUCAAUCUCCUUUCUUCCUGAGAAAAAUGUCAGUGAUGAUAGUGACGAGUUUGGGAGAAUUGGUUAUUGACUUGUUUACGGAUCGCUGCCCAUUGACAUGCAAGAAUUUUUUGAAGCUGUGCAAGAUUAAGUAUUACAAUGGCUGCCUUUUCCACACGGUUCAGAAGGAUUUCACUGCGCAGACCGGAGAUCCCACUGGAACAGGAUCUGGGGGCGAUUCAAUUUACAAAAUUUUAUAUGGUGACCAGGCUCGGUUCUUUGGAGAUGAGAUUCAUUUGGACUUGAAGCAUUCAAAGAUGGGAACUGUAGCCAUGGCUAGCGCUGGGGAGAACCUAAAUGCUUCUCAGUUCUACAUCACACUGCGUGAUGAUCUCGACUACCUUGAUGGGAAGCACACUGUUUUUGGAGAGAUUGCAGAAGGGCAGGAGACGUUGGAUAGGAUAAAUGAAGCUUAUGUGGACGGGAAGGGCAGGCCAUUUAAAAAUAUCCGAAUCAAACACACUUACAUAGUGGACGACCCUUUUGACGAUCCUCCCCAACUAAGCGACUUGGUUCCAGAUGCUUCACCUGAAGGAAAGCCAAAAGAUGAGGUUGAAGAUGAUGUACGACUAGAAGAUGAUUCGGUGCCUAUGGAUGAGCAACUAGGCAUGCAAGAACUUGAGGAGGUUCUGCGUGCAAAAGAAGCACAUUCGCGAGCAGUAGUACUUGAAAGUGUAGGGGACAUUCCUGAUGCUGAGAUAAAGCCGCCUGACAAUGUGCUUUUUGUAUGUAAAUUGAAUCCAGUUACUGAAGAUGAAGAUCUGUAUACAAUCUUUUCACGCUUUGGUACCGUGACAUCUGCUGAAAUAAUUAGGGACUUCAAGACUGGGGAUAGCCUCUGCUAUGCUUUCAUUGAGUUUGAGGACAAAGAGGCCUGUGAACAAGCAUAUUUUAAGAUGGAUAAUGCUUUAAUUGAUGAUCGAAGGAUACAUGUUGAUUUCAGCCAGAGUGUUGCAAAGUUGUGGUCCCAAUAUCGACGCAAAGACCAAACGGGUAAAGGAAGAGGUUGCUUCAAAUGUGGUUCUCUUGAUCACGUGGCUAAAGACUGCACUGGUGAUGCCACCAAACAGCAGUCGAACUACAUACUUAAAGAAGAAGACAACAAGCAGCGUGGUGGAGACGGUAACUCAAGGUAUGAAAUGGUAUUUGAUGAAGAUGCUGCUGGAAGUCCAAAAAGAAAUAAGAGGGAAAGAGAAUUUGAAGGUGGAAAACAUUACGAGAAUCAGAAUCCUAAACGUAGAGAACUGGAAGAUGAUGAAACCAGGAAGGAUAGAAAAAGAGAUGGAUAUGAACGGCAUAGGCAGGAGGAUAGAAGUAACGAUUAUAGAACUGAAGAGAGGCAUCGUGGAAGUGGGAUGAGAGCAAGUGGAGAGAAGGAGAAGGAUUAUAGGGGUCGAAACGAUCUGGAUUAUAGAAGAAACACUAAUUAUGAUAACCGUAAGGCUGGGGGGGAGAGACCAGACCAUGAUAAGAGACAUGCGGAUAAUGUGAGGCAUGGAGACAAGGGUUAUCGGAGGGAGAGUGAAAAGAGGGAUCGGAGAGAUGAGGUGGAAUAUGAUGGCGGUCAUGCAGAUGAAGUUAGGUACAAAGACAAUUCACAGAAUAGAGGAAGAAGGGAAGAUCAAGAUAGAGGAAAACGAAGGUCAGAGGGUGAUGAUGCUCGUGACCGUGACCGUGAUCAUGACCGUCGUCGUGAUCGAGCUUGUGACCAUGAUCGUGGCAGAAGGAAUUAAGUCGGUGAAAAUCAUUCACUUGAGCCUGGAGAACUUAGCUAGAUAAUGAUAUUUCAAUGUAUGAUGUGUUUGUGCUUUGACACUCUUUUUUGGUGUAUGUUGUAAGAAUUAGUCAUUACACUUUAAGGGCUCGCAAAAAGAGCUUAGUAAACAACGAUGUUCCUGAAUGAAAAAUGCGUACACGUA